AUGAUGUAUCGCGGGUUCAAGAUUUCAGCUCUCUAUAUUUUUGCUUUACUUGUGCGUCUAUUCUUGCUCUACUGGCCGUAUUCCACAGUUGUGGCCUACUCUGGUGGCCAGGUUUUAAACACUUCCUAUAUUCUCGUACAUACUUUAAACGGAGAGUUGCACCUAGUUAAUCGCAAAACAGGUGCAGUGAAAUGGACUAAACCACUCGAUCCUGCAUUGUCCGUUUCUUAUAGUGGGGGCCCAUUAUUCAUUGCGGACCCUUUAGAGGGGCGCUUGUACGAGUACUCCGCUGCCUCAUCAGAGGAUUUAUUGACGCAUUUAGAUCACUCCAUCAUGGGAUACGUCCGCCGAUCACCAGCUUACUACAAACAGCACAUCUCGUUUGGAUCUAAAACGGACCAUUGGUUAUCAGUCGAUUUGUUAACCGGAGCAACGCUUCAUCCACCUGGUCAACAUAAUAUUUACGAAUGUCCCACUACUGUCAGGAGCAAUGAUGGCUUCGAUUAUGAUCCAUUUAAGUCAGCUUAUAUCGGUCUCGGUUACAGCCGAUACAAUCUACUGUUUCGCGACUUCGUCAGUGGAAUUCCUAAGCUUAAUAUAACUUACAAUACAUUUGCCUCGCACGUUGAGCCCGCGCUGCAAAGUACUGAUUUGCAGCACGUCGCCACAAUUCAGCCCAGUCUCGUCACUUUUGCCGGCAUGAAGUUGCUGUGGAGUUUGCCCUUGUCCUCUCCGGUUGUUGGUUUGUACGCCGUUUGUUGGCCACCCAAAGGCGCCUCCUCUCCUACCGAUUGCCGAUAUUCUUCCGACUUUUCUACUGUUGAGGAUCAACGACCCUCCUAUGCCCAUGUCUCGACGUAUCCACGUAAUAGCGGAUCUGAUCACACAGCUGCAUUUGGUGAGACGCCCCUAUUCGUUUCCCCUACUCCAUCCACUCCGAAUGAUUCACCAUCUGAGCCUCCAACGUCUAACCGAUAUCCGUGCGUUUUGCGAAAGAUUGCGUUCACUACUUACGCACUCGAUAUGAACAGCGAGCCGUACUCAUCCCCCCAUUUAAACAAUUUGCGUUUGGAAGCUAAAUUUAACGGAAAGUUGGAUUUGGCCCUCUCGCUCUUGCUGAACAACUCCGCAUUUGCCCCACUUUACGCUAUCCCGUGUGUUGCGGAGGCCACCUUGCCACUCCGUGGUGUUCAAAGAGCGCCAGGAAGGUUGUUGCUUGAAGGUCCCAGCUCUGUCAACGAUUCACCGCCGUGCGACUUUACAGAUCCGAGUUGUUUGUCUCGAGCUCUCAUCGGCCUAUACGAGCUACCACCGACACAACUGAGUCGGUGGUCUUCCGUCGAUUUCGUCCCAUUAUGGGUUCGGGCUUCGCGGCUGAGACAGAUCACGGAUCAGAACACCGGAUGGGGUGUCAUUAUUCCUCCGUUUGAACCGGCCGAUACAAAGGAUAAAGAUUUCGUGAAGGCUAUUGAAGGUCCCACAGAAGCGCCAUCUAUUGGAAAGCACUCUACACACUCCAUUUCAUCUAUAUCUGUCGCCAUCAUCGCAGCAACCCUUGUCAUGUGUAUUAUCAUUGGAAGACUGAAUCGUGGAAUGUUGCUGAAAAACAAGAGUGUCCGGGCUUUGUGGCCUGCUGAGCCCUAUUCCGGUCACGACGCAAAUUCCACCCUUUUACCAUCCUCCUUUGAUGUGCCUGACAAUGAGGGUUGGGCUGGAUGCGCUGCAGAAGAAGCCGGACAACCGGAUGCCAUACGGUUCAAUGUGAACCAUGUACUCGGCUGCGGAGCAAAUGGCACAAUGGUUUUUGCCGGUACUUACGGUGAACGUCAGACCGCUGUUAAGCGGAUUAUUCGUCAGGCCAGGUUGGAAAAGCACUGGCGCAGAGAACACGACAUUCUGCUUCGGCAUUUUCACCCGAAUUUGGUCAAGUGUUUCUGGACCGGUAGCACGGCCAAUUUUCACUACUUGAUAAUGCAGCGUUGUGUCGCCAGUCUAGCCGAGGUGUUCCGCUCACACACUUCUAAUGGUCUGUCGCAAUGGAAUUUGACCCCGAUAGAGGUGAUGCGCCAAAUUUCUCUCGCCAUCGUUUGCCUGCACUGUAAUAAAACAGUGCAUCGUGAUUUGAAACCGAGCAACGUACUCAUUGUCUCCGAUGGUUCGGAACACAGAGUUGUGGUAGGCGACUUCGGUCUGUCGCGACCUGUGGACGUUGGAUGCCAUGAGAUCUCCAGCUCAUUCGGAUCACAUGCCUGGGUUCAGCUUAGACAGAAAAUUCCAAAACAGUCUGCUAAACUUGAUGAUACAGAAAUUGCGGGGAAUCAGUCCUACGGCUGCCACGUUUCCUAUUACAAGCUGGAUGAUUCUGUGUACAAUCAAAACAGAGAUGUUUAUGGUGACCAGGCAAGUUUGGGCAUCACGUACGGAACUCUGGGGUGGAUGGCUCCCGAAUUAUGUGAUCCUGGUCUGACUCAUCUGACUUUUGCCGCGGAUAUUUUCUCCUUUGGUCUUCUUGCUUACUUCCUGUUCACCUGUGGCGGACAUCCAUUCGACUCCGAUCGGUCUGUCGGUCCCAUCAGCUCUGAUGCAACAAAAGACUGCUGCAACGCGUCCGACGGCUACAAAUUCGAUAAUCUUUCCUCGGCCGUUAGUCAAAUGGAUGGCGUUAAUAUGACAUGCCGUCCCGCAGUCCACUUUAGUCCGCACCACACACGACAAAUGGCAAUUGCUGAGAACCGCCAACCAUCUCUUCAUCUCCUCACGGACAACCAGAGCGACUUGGCCACCGGAUUUUUGGUUCGACAGCUAAUUCAAAGCAUGCUCUCAUCGGAUCCGAAUUUACGACCCACAGCCGAAGAGAUCAGCGCGAAUCCAUUGUUUUGGCCUCCUAGGAAAACAAUUCAGUUCAUCGCUGAACUUUCGGAUCUAUUGGACGUCAGGAAAGAUGAUCCGGGCGGACAAAUCUUAACGUUAGAGGACUCUGUGGACUCUCCUCUUGUGGACGAUAGUUUUGUUACCCAACGCCGAGCAUUGCUCCGGGAUAUAGAACGUUAUGGUUACUUGGUUUUUAACAAGCACUGGUUCCAUCGUCUCGAACCCGUUGUCGUGGAAGAUCUGCUCGUAACUCGAGGCUACCAAGAUACUUCAUUGAUGGAUCUUUUGCGGGCCAUUCGCAAUAAACGAAAUCACCUUUGGCAUCUUCCUGAACAUGUCAGAAGUGUGCUUGGUCAAACACAAGAAGGCAUGGCUCGCUACUGGACGUCACGGUUUCCGGCCCUCGUUCCUUUGCUCUAUGGUGCUAGUCGUUGUCAUCUCACUGGAUUUUGCGUCAUGGCCGAGUUUUUGCCUCCUACGGAAGCAGUGGGACGAAUACCAAAUAUUUCCGACGUAAUCAGUGAAUGGUGGUAUGUCCCCACGCUGGACGGAGUAUUCUGCACAGAUGGUGCUGGCGCGGAGGACGGUCAAGAACUUUCACUCGGUCAUGUGCGCAAUCAGGCGUCUAUUCAAUACCAAGAUUCAUGGAGACGAGGUGGAGUGAUCGCAAAUCUGGUGUCCGACACGCACGUGUUUGCUUCCCAAGGACUCAACUCAGUUCAGAAAACAACCGUCUCUUCGCAUGACCCUUUCCCCGAAGAUAACCCCAAAGUAUCCAGAAGUCACAACAAGGCCAAAAGAGUUCGACCUCCAAAACGAAAAAUACGCAUCGUGGAAUCUAACUUUGAAACUUCCUUUUUAUAA